AUGAACAACAACAUGUCUGGCCUCUGCUCACAACAAGAUGCUUCGGAGCAAUCUGAUAUGGAGAUGCUCAUCCAAAUGGGCGAUUUCGAGCGGGCGUUAGAGCUCUGCAACCAGAGUCUCCAGAUCCAUCCCGACCAUGCCUUGGCCACCCACCUAAAAGACAGCGCUCUCAGAAGCUAUGACCAGGCAUGCCAUCUUCUGCAAAUAGCCGUCGAGGCUUGCCCCGCCCAAGCACAUAUUGAAGAUGCUCUGCGACAGUCCAAGGCCGCUUAUGUAGGCAGGGAGUACAACAUUUCGGAGAUCUUGCUCGGAGUGCAGCCGCCUCCAGAGAUUGAGGAGUUCAUUGGGGAUGUCGAGAUCAACAAGAUCAACAAGAUCAGGGGUCGAGGGCUCUUCGCAACGAAAGACAUUAGCGUCGGUGAGCUGUUAUUAGUGAGCAACGCAGCUGUCAUUGUCAAUCGCGUGCUUAAGCCUCUCAAGAUUCAUAUUCAGAGUCACGAAAUAAAGGGCUCUUUGCAGGAAGAUCUUGUACACGCCGUUUUGGAUGCUGCCAAGAAAUCGCGGAAACUGAGCCAACAGCUUUAUGAACUGGACGACGGUUCUUUACAAGUUCGUUCUUCAUUGCCGGCCAUUGAUUUGUUUCAUACGAAUUGCCAAGAAAGAACAGUGGUGCUGGUAGAAUUCAUGGAGCAGGGGAUCCGAGACAUUGUUUCCCGAAACUCUUUCGGUGUGGAAUACAGGAAAUUUAUGGAGGAGCGCCCAGAAGACGCAGAGAUGUUGGGUUUUAGCGGGUUGUGGCUGCUGCCGUCAUUUAUCAAUCACUCGUGCCUUCCCAACGCGACCAGACUUCAUGUAGGGAAAACAAUGUUCUUACAUGCGGCAAAACCAAUCAAGAAAAGAGAAGAGAUCACCAUCUCUUACUUCGACGCUUUGCUUCCCCAAUCAAGAAGAGAGAAGAUUUGUGGGUCCUGGGGUUUUGAGUGCAAGUGCAGACGUUGUGGUCUGGAGAAGUCUCUCAGCACUGCUCUGGAGAGCUUGAAUGCACAGUUUGAGUCUUUGCGCCAUGACGCGCUACAGGAAACCAACGCCACAAUGUCUGCAGGACAAGACUUUCCUAGAGAGCUUCCCAAAUGUGCAGAAUUCGUCCAGGUCUUUGAAAAAAUGGAGCAAGUACUGGCAAAGUACCCUAGAAUGAAGGAAGAAGAAAAGAGUUGGGUUCGGGCGUCCUAUGUGACUGCAUAUUGGGCCGGAAUGCAAUCGUACAAUAUAUCUUCCGUGGAUCCCAUUGUGUCCAGGGAUGAAAUACUGAAUGCCGUUGUAACAACCGUGCCAGGGGAGGUUCGAACCCUUGCUAUGGUGGACCAAAUGUUUGAAGAGCUAAAGCAACAGAUUGGCAAUGAAGGGUCGGCUGUAGAGAAGUUUUUAGCCCAAGCUACAGAUGUUUGUGUGAGAGUGUUUGGGACACACAAUGAACAAUUUAUUGGGGCCCUCAUUUCACGCCGUGUGCAAAGUGUACAAUCUUGUAGUGAUGUUUGA